AUGGCGUUUGCUGGGACAAAUAUCAGUUUGUCCCAGCCGGAUAUCACGCAGAAACUAACGAAGCGCAUAGACGACCUGAAGCAAAAGAUUGCCGCUUGGGGGAAGCGGAUUCGCCGAUUUACCGAGAGGUCAAGGCGGUUCAACCAGAAUCGUCUCUUCCAGAGUGAUCAGAAGAGGCUCUACAAAUCAUUGGAGCGACCAGAGGUAUGUGGAGCGGGCCCAGGACCGGAUCAGGCUAACACUGUCGCAUUUUGGCGUGGCUUGUGGUCAGAGCCCGUAAACCACAGCGAGGGCCCUUGGACGGAAGUUGUGGCGAGUCAGUGUGCGAGUAUUACGCCCAUGGACCCCGUCAUCAUAACGCCGGAUGACGUAGCUGAGGCGGUCCGUAGAGCCCCGAACUGGAAAAGUCCGGGACUCGACGGACUGCAUCACUACUGGCUGAAGGGGUUCACGGUGUGUCACGCUGUGCUCGCCCGUCAGUUUCAAGAGGCUCUCAACCAGAAGUCGCUCCCUAGCCUCUUCACUACUGGGAUCACUCAUUUGGUUCCUAAAGACCAGAAUGUGCAUGCAGGGGGCGGCGACGGAGGUGGAGGUGGGUUCGAGAGCGCGGCGAUAGGAGGUGCGGCGUGCGGCGCGCGGCGCGCGGGCAUGGCGGCCGCUGCCGAGCGUGGAGACCGCGACGCGCCCGGAGAGUUCCUUGCAGAGUUUUUGUCAGCGAUAAUGCGUCGUCAGUACGCCGAGGCGCUGAAGUACUGCCGCCUCAUCCUGCAGUACGAGCCACACAAUGCUACGGCUCGCGGCUUCUUCCCGCUGCUGCAACACAAGCUGCAGAUGCAUGAGGCAGAGGUGGCAGCGGCUGCGGCGGCGGGAGUGCUGGGGGCGGUGGAGGUGCUGGGAGCGGCGGGGGUGGCGGGAGCGGGGCACGGCGGCUGCAGCUCGGCACCCGCGCAGCGCAGCGCGUACCAAGUUCGCGACGAACAGCAACGGGAAGAUGCAAUGGACCAGGAGGAGGGUGGGUCGACGCGGUCGCGCUCUCGCUCCGGCUCGGCGGGCUCGUGCGCGUCGCAGUCCUCGCUCGAGCUGGACUCCUCAGAUGCGCCUGCGCACUCCUCGCACAGCCUUUCCUUCAGCCGCCGCACCGACCUCACUGACAGUGCGUCUGGUGCAUCGGGUAUCUCGGGUGCGACCGGCGAGUCGGGGGCCUGGAGCGGUUUGGACGCUUCGAGCGUGUCGGCAGGGUCGAGAGAGUUAGCGGGAUCAGCGGGGUCAGCGGGUUCGGUGGGGUCUGAAGGCUCCGGAGCACGGUGGGACAGCACGGGCACCGAGCCGCACACUGAGCCCGACACCGACGACAACGGCAACCCCCCGCCCUCGCACUCUUUACAAGUACCUGACGACGACGUGCAGAACGACAACGCGACCUCCGCCUCCGUGGACUCUCUGCGUGUGCCGCAUUUCAAGAACAUUUUCUGCCAGAAGUUGGGCCUGCGUCGCUAA